GGGUAAUACUCCCCUACACCCUGGACUGUAAUAAACUCUUCUCUUCACCUGGCCUGAGCUCUCGACACAGUCCUCCGUAUUUUUCUGAAGUUAGGGAAUAAUUUUGCACUGUAUGCUUUUGUCUCCUGCUUUCCAUCAUGAGUUCUGGGAUUUCACAAUUGGGAGAAAAGGAAAGAAGGUUGUCCAUCAGUGGCAGUGUGGCAAAAGUCGAUGAGAUCAAGAUUCCUCCACCCAUAAGGAGUUACAUCUUUCUGACUAUUUUCACAUGUUUCUGUCCAGCCUGGCCAAUCAACAUCGUGGCCUUGGUUUUUUCUUUGAUGUCACAGAAGAGCUAUGAUAACGAAGACUACGACGGGUCCCAGCGUCUAGGGAGGGUGGCUCUUUACAUCGCCAUCGCCUCCAUCAUCAUCGGCCUCCUCAUCAUCACUGUCUUCUGCGUCGUGCACUUCACUACGAAUCCCAUGUGAUCACGCAGACGAUGGUGCCAUGGCAACAGGACACUCAUGUGCACUGGAGUACUGACAGCAUGAAGCAGGACACUCUGCCCUGCAUCUGUACCUCGCCCGGCAUCUGUGCUCAACCCUGCUAGACACCUCACCCUGCAUCUGUACACCACCCUGCUACAGGCACCGUGCCCUGCGUCUGUACUCCACACGUGAUGGAAACUCCUGUGAUGGAGACUAUUCAUGGCUAAUAUGUAUCUUAUUUAUUUUAAACAAGUCUUAUGGUCUUAAGAGUGUAAAUGUAUCUACUGAGACAGUGUUCACUAGAUUCCAGAAAAUUCUUGUUUUGCUGUAAGACAAUGUGAAGUUUGUUUGUUCCUCAGUCCUGUGAUGUGUUCUAUGUGUUACAUGUGUUCCUCAGACCUGUUAAACUCAAAAAUUCAAAAUUCACUUGAGAUUAACAUGGAUUGCAAAGGGUAUGUAUGUAUAGAAAUGUGUGCGUACGUGCGUGUGCAACUGAUAGUAUUCUGGUUGUGUGUUUGUGUGUGUGCACCUGCACCUGACAGUAUUCUGGUUGUGUGUGAUUUAUUUUCAAGACUGUUUUAUCUUAUGGGUUUUAAUAAGCAUAAAAUAAAUGUAAACCUUGUAGAUUGGUA